AUGACCAUCUCCUCUGACCGGAACAUCGAACCCAUCGCGGUCUGUGGGAUCGGCCUCCGUCUCCCCGGAGGAGUACACAACGGCGACGAGUUCUGGCAGCUCUUGGCCGAGGGUCGAGAUGCGCGGAGCAAGAUACCGCCGACACGCUUUGCGAUCGACGGCUUCGACGCCUCCCUAUCGGGCCAGAAAGCCAUCCACACGCGGCACGGCUACUUUAUCGAUGACGAUCUCUCCCGCUUGGACACUUCGUUUUUCUCCAUGUCCAAAAAGGAGAUCGAGCGAUGCGACCCCCAGCAGCGAAUUCUCCUAGAGGUCGUCCGGGAAUGCCUCGAGGAUGCCGGCGAGGUUGACUACCGCGGACGGCCGAUUGGGUGCUACGUCGGCACGUUUGGUCAGGACUGGUACGAAAUGGCAACCAAGGACAUGCACGGCAUGGGGAACUACUCCUUGAUGGGAUCCGGCGACCUCGUCCUGGCCAACCGGGUGUCGUACGAGUUUGACCUACACGGCCCUAGCACGGUUAUCAAAACGGGCUGUUCUGCCUCCCUCGUGGCUCUCCAUGAUGCCUGUCGGGCUCUACAAUCCGGAGACGCCUCGGGCGCUAUUGUGUGCGGUACCAGCCUCAUCAUGACCCCGACCACAUCGACCAUCUUCUUUGACGAGGGAAUCCUGUCCCCGGACGGCUCCUGUAAGACGUUUGACGCGGCCGCCAACGGCUUUGCACGAGCCGAGGGCAUCACGGCCGUGUAUGUCAAGCGGCUAGAAGACGCCCUCCGAGAUGGGAACCCCAUCCGAGCCGUGAUUCGGAAUACCGGCUGCAACAGCGACGGUCGCAGCCAGGGGCUGACGUGUCCCAACGGGCAGGCCCAGGAAGCUCUGAUGCGGAAUGUCUAUUGCCAGGCCAACCUGGAUCCUUCCGAGACCGCAUUUGUCGAGUGUCACGGAACAGGCACUCCAACAGGCGACCCGAUCGAGACACGGGCUGUUGGCAAUGUCUUUGGCGAUAAAGGCGUGUACAUUGGCUCGGUCAAGCCCAACGUUGGCCACUCGGAAGGCUGCUCCGGACUCACGAGCCUGAUCAAGGCGGUUCUGGCCCUGGAGAAGGGCACGAUCCCGCCAAAUAUCAAGUUCCAGAAACCUAACCCAAAGAUUCCCUUCUCCGAAAAGAAACUCACUGUGCCGCUUAAACCUACGGCAUUUCCCAAGGACCGGGCCGAGCGAAUCAGCAUCAACUCAUUUGGCAUCGGCGGUUCCAAUGCUCAUGUAAUUCUCGAGUCCUCAUCGCAAUACUUCGGCGGCACUCGUCUGAGCAUUAACGGUUUAAACGGUGUGAACGGUGUGAACGGCACUAAUAAUUAUCAAAAUGGCACAGUGCCAACCCCUCGGCCUGAGCUGUUCCUCUUCUCGGCCAACUCACCCGCGUCUCUGGAUCGACAGAUUGCUUCCUUCCGGGAACACGCAGCCCGAUAUCCCAACCUCGCCAGGGACACCGCCUACACGCUGGCGGUCCAUCGAGAGAAACUGCCGCAUAGGGCGUUUGCCCUGGUGCAAGACGGCAAGGUGCUCCAAGUUUCACCCCAAGUCAAAGCGCCUCAUUCUGCUCCGAGCGUCACCAUGGUAUUCAGCGGACAGGGUGCACAGUGGCCCCAGAUGGGCCGGGAGCUGAUCCUGACCGACCCGUCCUUCCGUCAGGACUUGAUUCGUAUGGAUGAAGUCCUGCAGGGGCUGCGGAUCCCCCCCAGGUGGUCGAUCAUCGAGGAGCUCCUCAAGCCCGAUGAGACGAGCCAGGUCCACCGCGCGGAGCUCGCGCAGCCACUGACGACGGCGCUCCAGAUCGCCCUCGUGCGCCAGUUCCAGCGCCUGGGAAUCACGCCGGCCGCCGUCGUCGGCCACUCGAGCGGCGAGAUCGCGGCCGCCUAUGCGGCCGGCCACAUCUCGCUCGAGUACGCCAUCACGAUUGCGUACUACCGCGGCUAUGUCGCGUCGCGGGCCAGCGCGGCAUCCUCUUCCAUCGGCGCCAUGGCCGCCGUGGGCCUCGGAGCGGCCGAGGUCUCGCGCUUCUUGCACGCCGGCGCCUGCGUGGCCUGCGAGAACAGCCCGUCGAGCACGACAAUUUCCGGGGACUCCAAGGCGGUGCACAAGACCUUGGCGUCCGUCCUGGCCGAGUACCCGGACGUGUUGGCGCGGCCGUUGAAGGUCGACACGGCUUACCACUCUCACCACAUGGCGGCGCUCGCGGCAGAGUACCUCAAUUUGCUCCAAGGAGAGGAAAGCACGAACUCGUGCCACGGCGCCCCCGACGGGCCCGGCGCCCGCCUUUUCUUCUCCAGCGUGACGACCAGGACACUGACCCGCGAGGGGACCCCCCUUACGUCUCCCUACUACUGGGUCGUCAACCUCGUCUCGCCCGUGCGGUUCCGCGACGCCGUGCACAACCUCCUCCUCCACGACGACGACCAUGACGACGACCACCAGCAGGCGACCGACGGCGGUUCGUCGAGCAUGAUCCUGCUCGAGGUCGGCCCGCACUCGGCGCUCGCCGGGCCGCUGCGGCAGAUCUGCGAGGCCGCCGGCCGGCCCUGCAACUACACGGCCGCGCAGAUCCGCGGCAAGAACUGCGUGGCCAGCCUCCUGUCCGCCCUGGGCGGCCUCUAUCAGCAGGCCGUCGUCCCCGCCGACUGGAGACCGCUCUUCCCCCCCCAAGGGGGCAGCAGCAGCAGGGCCCUCGCCGGGCUGCCGACGUACCCGUGGGACCACAGCGCGGGGCCGUUCUGGUACGAGAGCCGGCUCUCGCGGGACUGGAGGGCCCGGCGCUUCCCCGACCACUGCCUCCUGGGGGUCCGGGUGGUCGAGUGCCCGGACACGGCGCCGCAGUGGCGCAACCUGCUGAGCCUGGAACAGGUCCCCUGGCUGGCCGACCACAAGGUCCGCCGCGACAUCGUCUUCCCCCUCGCCGGCUACGCGGCCAUGGCCGGCGAGGCGGUGCGCCAGGCGACCGGCUGCGAGACGGGCUACCGGCUGCGCCGCGUCGUCGCCCGCGCCGCCCUGGUGCUGAUCGAGGCCGAGCCGGCCGAGAUGGUGACGGCCCUGCGCCCGCGCCGGCUCACCGACACGGACGACUCGGCCUCCUGGUUCGAGUUCGCCAUCGCCUCCUACACCGGUUCGAGCUGGGUCAAGCACUGCGAGGGACAGGUGGCGCCCCUCGACCGGGCCCCCCUGCGGAGGAGUGUUGUGAUGAAGACGACGGCGCCAGAGGACGGAUCGGGAUCGGGAUCGGGAUCGGGAUCGCUUCCUCGUCUGGUCAAGAGUAACCGGCUGUACGACGCCGUGGCCCGCGCCGGUCUCGUGUUCGGGCCCGAGUUCCGGCGCCUGACGGAUAUCUCCACGUCGGUGACGGACGGCGCGGCCCGGGCGAAGCUUAUUACCGUGCCGAGCUCCGAGGCAGCAGCAGCUCAUCCGUACCCCGGGCCGAUGCACCCGGCGUCCAUCGAUGCCUGCAUCCAGCUGCUCCUCGUCGCCAGCGUCCGCGGUCUGUGUCGGAACCUGCGCCGGCUCGUGGUCCCGACGCUCGUCGAGAACAUCGAGGUCUCCCGCGGUGCGAGCAAGGACGAUAAUGGCAAUGUUAAUAAUAUGCACAUCGAGGCAUUCUGCCCGGCUCAGGGGCUGGGCUCCGCCGAAGUCGAGUGCGUGGUAGAGGAUAACGACGACCAGGACCACGACCACGAGCGGGUAUGCCUCCGCAUGUCCGGCCUUCAAGUGACGCCCCUGGACGGGGACGGGGACGGCGACAGCGACAGAGACGGCGAGAAUAAUAUGAGUCCGAACGACGGCCCCGUCGACGUCCACGCGGCCGCGCACCUCCACUGGCUGCCCGACUUUGACUUUGCGCCGCUCGACGACGGCCUCGUCAAGUCGCCGACGGCCAACGUGGCCGAGCGCGAGCUCAGGGAGACGCUCACGCUCCUCUGCAUCCUCGAGUCGGCCGACCGACUGGCCAACCUCACCCCGGCUCAGCCGCACUACGUCAAGUACCGCGCCUGGCUCGACCGCCAGGUCGGCCUCGCGCGAUCGGGCGACUACCCGCUCGUCCCGGACGCGCAGUCCAUCGCCGCGCUGGAUCCUCCCGCCCGCCGCGCGAUGCUGGAAUCCGUCUACGACCGGCUGCUCGCCCUGCCGGACCCGAGUAACAGCAAGGAUGAGAACGGGAACAACAACAGCAACAGCAAUAACAACAAGAUGCACGCCGCGGCGGCGGCGGCGCGGGCGAUCAAGCGGUUGAGCGAUCACGCCGAGGCCGUCUUCACGGCGCCGGCCCCGGGCUCGGGCUCGGACGGGGGUGCGACCACCGACGCCGAGGGAGAAGGCGGGAGCAAGGACGCGCUGAACCUGCUGCUGGGCGACGGCCUGCUGACGGACAUGUACGGGGCCGAGGGGGCCGGGGCGUUCGACUUUGGCGGCCUGGUGCGGCGGCUGGCGCACGCGCGGGCGGGCCGCCUCCGCGUGCUCGAGGUCGGCGCCGGCACGGGCGCGACCACGGCGUGCCUGCUGCGGCAUCUCUUCGUCUUCGCCGGAGAGGACGGCGACGGCGACGGGGCCGGGCCGGGGCUCGGGGGCUUGCCCGUGUACGCCGAGUACGUCUUCACCGACAUCUCGGCCGGCUUCUUCCCCAAGGCUCGCGAGCGGUUCCGGCACGCGCCCAACAUGCGCUUCUGCGCGCUCGACAUCUCGCGCGACCCGCUCCCUCAGGGGUUCGCGGCCGGGUCCUUCGACCUGGUCGUGGCGCCCAACGUGGUGCACGCGACCCCCUGCCUGCGCGAGACGCUGGCCCACCUCCGGACCCUGCUCCGGGACGACGGCGUGCUGAUGAUGAUCGAGAUGUCGACCGAAGCCAGGACGCCCGCCUUCAUCUUUGGCAACUUACCCGGCUGGUGGCUCGGUGAGGAGGACGGGAGGGUCUGGGAGCCCUUCGCGUCGCCCGACCGCUGGGACGCCGAGCUCAAGGCGGCCGGUUUCAGGGGCGCCGAGGCCGUCGUGCCGGACGCCGAGCCGCCCUGGCAGAUGGCCGUCGUCAUGCUGGCCCGGCCCCGGACUGAGGAGGACGAGGAGGAGGAGGAGGAGAAGAAGAAGAAGAAGAACGGGGGAAGAAGAGUCACGCUUCUCUGUCAGGACCGGGCGAGCGGUCCGGCAACCUCUCUCCUGUCCGGUCUCGAGAAGGAAGGCUGGGAGGUGACUCCCUGCCGGCUGGGCCACGACCCCCUGCCGAGCGGACAAGACGUCAUCUCCUGCGUCGACCUCGAGUCCCGCUUCUUCGACCACGACACGCUGACCGAGGAGGGCCUCUCGGCCUUCCAGGCGAUGCUCCGCCAGGUCCAGAACGGGACCGACCGGAUCCUCUGGCUCGCUCCCCCCUUCCAGGUCAAGUGCCGCGACCCGCGCGGGGCCCAGACGCUCGCCGUCAUGCGGACCGUCCGCGCCGAGCUCAACCUGGCCCUCUUCACCCUCGAGCUCGACUACGAGCGCGAGACGGCCGAGGCGGCCGCCCGCCUCAUAUCCGACGUGUUCGUCAAGAAAGUGCAGCGCGCCCGGGACGACGACGUCCUCAACGCGGACCGCGAGUUCGUCAUCGACAACGGCACCCUCCUCGUCGGCCGCUACCGGCCCUUCAGCCUCACCCGUGCCCAGGCCCUCCUCUCCCGCUCCUCCUCCUCCCUCUCCGACCCGGACCCGGACCCGGACCCCAACUCCAGAGUCACAGCCCCGGUGCGGCAGCCACCCGAGACGAGUGCCUCCGGCGCCGGCGCCGGCUGGGCCAAGACGCUCCGCAUCCGCCAGCCGGGGGACCUCUCGACCCUGACCUGGACCGACACCCCGCUCCCGGCCACCCUGCCGCCGGACCACGUCGAGGUGCGCAUCCACGCGGCCGGCCUCAACUUCCGCGACGUCCUCCAGGCGACCGGCUCCCUCCGCCUGCCAUCGUCCACCGGCGCCUCCGGCCCGGAGCUCGGCCUCGAAGCCUCGGGCGUCAUCACCCGCGUCAGCAACAGCAGCAGCAACAGCAGCAGCAGCCGCCAGCGGCUACAGCCGGGCGACCGGGUGGUGCUCCUCUCGCCGACGGGCACGCUGACCACGAGGCUGGUGGUGCCGUCGGCGCUGGUGGCGCGGGUGGGGACAACAACGAUGACGACGACGACGCCGCUACCGCUGCCGCUGCCAUCGCUGGAUGCCGCGGCGGCGGCGCCCGUGUGCUACGCGACGGUGCUGCACGCGCUGCUGGACGCGGGCCGGCUGCGGCCGGGAAUGUCGGUGCUGGUGCACUCGGCCUGCGGCGGCGUGGGACUGGCGGCGCUGGAGGUGUGCGCGCGGAUCGGCGGAGGUGCCGCCGGUGGUGGUGCCGGAGGUGCAGGUGGUGCCGGCAUCGAGGUGUACGCGACGGUGGGCAGCGAGGAGAAGGUGGAGUUCCUGCUGGGGCGGUACCCGGGACUCGUCGCCCGGGAGCGCGUGUUCAGCUCGCGCGACGCCCGCUUCCGCGACGGCGUCCUGCGCCUCACGCGCGGCCGCGGCGUCGACCUCGUCCUCAACUCCCUCUCGGGCGACCUGCUCCACGCCAGCUGGGAGUGCGUCGCCAAGUACGGCACCAUGGUCGAGCUCGGGAAGCGGGACCUCGUCGGCGCCGGACGCCUCGACAUGGCCCCCUUCCUCGAGAACAGGGCCUAUGUCGGGGUCGACCUGUACGAGUACAUGCGUGAUCGGCCCGAGAGGGUGGGCGCGCUGCUCACGCGCUACGUCGAAAUGUACGAGCAAGGUCUGCUCCCGCUACCGGACCCCGUUGCCUACUUCGAGGCCGGCCAGGUCGAGCAGGCCUUCCGCCAUCUUCAGAACGGGGCCCACAUCGGAAAAGUGGUCGUCACCAUGCCCGAAGACCCUUCCCGCCUCCCCUCACAACCCCCGGACCGGCCGAUCCUGUUGGACCCAGACGCUACCUACCUCCUCGCCGGAGGUGCCGGAGGGCUCGGAGGCUCCGUGGCGAGCUGGCUGGUCGAACAGGGGGCCAGGCACCUGACCAUUCUUUCCAGAAGCGCAGGCCUGAACUCGGAGAGUCGCGCUCUGUUCCGGGAACUCGAAUCCAUGGGCUGCUCCGUCACCGCGGUAGCGGGCAGCGUCGAGAACAAGGAGGACGUCGCCGCUGCCGUCUCCGGCUCCGGAAGGCCCGUUAGGGGGGUCUUUCAGCUGGCCACGACCAUGCGUGACGGACCGCUCUUGAGCAUGAACUGGUCCCAGUGGGAUUCGACCAUCGGCCCCAAGGUCCGCGGGACAUGGAACCUGCAUCACGCGCUCGCCGGUCAACCGCUCGACUUCUUCUGGAUGGCCAGCUCGGUCGUCACGGUCGUCGACGAGCCGGGGCAGGCCAACUACUCGGCCGGCUGCAUCUUCCUCGAGGCCUUCUGCCAGUACCGCCACUCCCUCGGCCUCCCCGCUACCGUGCUCAACAUCUGCCCGCUCGAGGGCGUCGGCUACGUCGCCGAGAACUCCCAGGCCCGGCGGAACAUGAAGGCACAGGGCCUCUGCCUGCUCGGAGAGUCCGAGUUCCUCGACUUUGUCCGCUUCAACCUGUCACGCGCAGGACGGAAGGGGGGUGCCGGCGGAGCCGACGGUCCCGCGACCGUCACGGGCUCCGAUUGCUACGGUUGGAAGAACCCGGAGCAGGUCGUCAUGGCCCUGCGCUCCGGCUCCGACCUGCCACUGGACCACCUCGACAACCGCACCAACUGGCGCCGCGACCGCCGCAUGGGGCUGUACCACAACGUGAGGCGGCACGGCGACGACAGGCUGUCUUCUUCGUCCCGGUCGAAGACGGACCGGAUCGUGCUCUUCCUCGACGCCGUCCUCAACGCCGACGCCGCCACGGCCGCCAACCUGCUCGGCAACCCCGACAACAUCGCCUUCUUGGCUCGCGAGACUGGCAACAAGAUCUACGAGCUGAUGAUGCGACCGGUGAGCGAAGACGAGGAGAUCGACACCCGCCUGACGCUGGCCCAGAUCGGGCUCGACUCGCUCAUGGCCAUCGAGCUGCGCCGGUGGCUGAGGGGAGUCUUUGGCAUCGCCAUCAGCGUCCUGGAGAUCGUCGGCUCCGGCUCUUUGUAUCAGCUCGGUGAGGUGAUCGCGGCCAAGCUGUCUGAGAGAUUGUGUCUGUGGGAGUCGGGACACUUAUCCAUGGCUAAUAUCACAAUGCACAAGACUGAGAACAGCACUGGCGCUACCACAUUCGUAACUGAAUUGCAGCAACCUCUUUCGGGGGUGCUCUCAGCUUAG